AUGGUGGACUGUGAUUGGGGAAAACUGAAAGAGAAAAUCCGUGGCAUUCGCGAGAAUACCAUCAGUGCGCGCUCUCGCACCACCUACCAGAACUCGUACUGCCGCUUCCUUGCCUGGGUGGUCCAGAAUAAGUCAGAACUCGUGUCGGCACAGUUUGCUGAGAGGCUUGGCGAUACGUCCGACUGCUCCCUCCACCAACUGCGAUCUCGCGUAAAAGAGAAGUUGUGUCCCCAAAGUAGCAUCAUUCCUCUCGAAUUUGAGGCUCUUACUGCUGAAGACUUUGUUACCUGGCUCGUGACACUGACACGGAAGGACGGAUCGGGGCUGAGCUAUUCUGCUCUGAACACACAUAGAGCAAGUCUGUUCAAUUUGUAUCGUGACUACGGCUGCACGAUGUCCAAGAAAAGCGCUGGAGGCACCUCCGGUCUCGCAGUUGACCACAAAAUCGCAGCACGAGGCGAGCGCCAGCCUACACCCGACCAGGUUCUUGUCUCCAGCUGCUCCAUCGGUCGAACAUUCGAAUCGGACGUGGCAGCAAUGCUCUUUGUGCAUGCGCAAAUGAAAAUGGAGAAGAUUUACGGAGGUGAGCGGGUGCUCAGCAAUCCUGCACGGGAUGCCCACGAAGGAGAACUGUCCGGUAUUUUGCGGAGGCGGGCCCAGCGCCGAGCUCCGUAG